AGCCGCAGCGCAGCGCCCCGCUCCCGCUCCCGCUCCCGCUCCCGCUCACCUCCGCCCAGCCCCGGCGCCGCCCCGGCCGCAGGAGGAGGGAGCAGAGAAGAGGAGGAGGCAGGGCGCCGGCUUAAAUACCGCGGCCCCGCGGCUGCCCCCGCAGGUGCAGAGGACACGCGCGGAGAAGCGAUGCCCGCCCUCGUGCUGCAGGAGAAGCUCUCCAAGGAUUUCCCUUCAGCCACCAGUACCAUUACUGCAAGGGUGACAAGGAAUGGGGAAGCAGUCAUGGAGAAGAACUUGUCCAACCUUGAGGAAAUGUCAGUUGCCCGCGGCAUGAUAGAUGAUAUCUUUGAUGAGAGCUACCGUGAAAAGGAGGGCCCCAAGCCUGCCAAAAGAUAUGUCUGGAGAAAUAUCAUCCUCAUGUCUAUGCUGCAUAUAGGAGGUUUAUAUGGGAUCUCCCUGAUACCUUCAGCAAAACUGAUGACUCUGGGAUGGGGUAUCAUUUGUUUUGUGGUGAGUGCCUUGGGGGUAACCGCUGGAGCGCACCGCCUCUGGAGUCAUCGGUCCUACAAAGCAACUUGGCCCCUCAGAGUCUUCCUGGCUAUUUCCAACUCCAUGGCCUUCCAGAAUGACAUCUACGAGUGGGCCCGAGAUCACCGUGUUCACCACAAGUUUUCUGAGACAGACGCAGACCCUCACAAUGCCAGCCGUGGCUUCUUCUUCUCCCACAUUGGCUGGCUGCUAGUGCGCAAACAUCCUGAUGUCAUUGAAAAGGGCAAGAAACUAGACCUGUCUGACCUGAGGGCUGACAAAGUGGUUAUGUUCCAGAGGAGGUACUACAAGCCUUCAGUGGUGAUCAUGUGCUUCUUGGUGCCCACCAUAGUACCCUGGUAUUUCUGGGGGGAAUCCUUGGUCAUCAGCUACUUCAUUCCUGCUAUCCUGCGCUACGCUGUAGUGCUCAAUGCCGCCUGGUUAGUCAACAGUGCGGCCCAUAUGUUUGGCAACCGGCCCUAUGAUCAAAACAUCAACCCGCGGGAGAAUCACUUUGUCGUCUUGGGAGCCUUAGGAGAAGGGUUCCACAAUUACCACCACACCUUCCCCUUUGACUAUUCCGCGAGUGAAUUUGGCUGGCACUACAACUUUACAACAGCCUUUAUCGAUCUUAUGUGCUUCCUGGGUCUGGCCAGCGACUGCAAGAUGGUGUCCAAGGAAGUCAUCCUGGCUCGGAAGAUUCGGACUGGAGAUGGGAGCCACAAGACUGGCUGACUGCCCAUUUCUCUCCUGCCACUUUUCUUCCCUCCUUUAUUUCCCCCCUAAAUGAGCUGGACAAAGGUUUAAUGUUCUGUUUUACUAACUACUGAAUAAUGCUACCAGGUUGCUUAUGAUGAUGAUAAUGAUUUUAACCCACUCCCACACUGUGUUUUCAAUUAUGUAUUUUAAGACCUAUAACUUUGCUUUUUAUAAUGCUAAACCACCUCUCUCCCUCUUCUUUCUUCUUUUGUCUGUCUCUAAUAAGAUCUCUCUUUUCCUUUCCCCCUCUGACUCUUCCAUCCUUUAAUUUUUUGUGUAUCCCUGGCAGUGAGCUGAUAGAAAGUAGCCUAGGGAAUAUCAUGUAAGCUGGCUGUGUAGCAUGAGUUGCAAGAGAUCUGUACCAACCAGCUAAAGACUUGAGCCAAAGUCAGUGACUCUCUUUUCCCAAAAACUCUCCCUCUCCAGCCUCUGUUUCUCUGACCUUCUCAUGGCUGUUGACUCUUGGUCUAAUAAAGCUGCUUUCUAUGGGGCAUGGCAGCCCCCUCACCUUUCCUUGCUGGCACAAUGUUAUCUCCCAAACAUUGGCCCUACUUUCAUUUGAGGAAGCUGAGGGAAGUUGUGGCUGGGCCUGGAGAGGAGACCCCUUAAAGCUCUCAUCUGGAGGGAUGCAGGCAAGUGUACUAUUUGGCUAUAGAACAUUGCCCAGGCCAGACUGGGGAGAGUCAUCUGCCUUGCUGUAGUAUCACAGUCUCUCCCCUUUCACUGGCCUGAAGCAUCUCUAUGCUCCACUUGCCUUGAACACACA